CCGGCCGUUAGGGGGCCGCCUGGCGCGCGGCCUAGCUGCUACCGGAAGUCCUGCCGGUCCUCCUUAUUAAUUCCCUUAUUUUCCUAAUUAUUAGCGCUAAUAACCUCCCCCCCCCCCGCGACCGCGCCUCCUCCUCCUCCUCCCCCGGGCCCCCGCCGCCAUGGCUCACAAGCAGAUCUACUACUCCGACAAGUAUUUCGACGAGCACUACGAGUAUCGCCACGAUGAUAGGAGCGAUGAUGACGGGAUCCACGUCGAUAAUAAUCAUGAUAGCAGGAGUGACGAUGACGGGAUUCUCAGCAGUAAUCGUCAUAAUCGUAGGAGCGACGGUGGAAAUCACGGUCACGAUCGUAAUAAUAGGAUUAAUGAUGAUCGCGUUGGCCGCGUCGAUCAUAAUAACAGGAGGAACGACCGCACUCACAGCAUUAACGAUGACAGGAGCGACGACGACGGGAUCCACGUCGAUAAUCAUCGAGAUAAUAGGAGUGAUGAUUGAUGGGAUUCACGGCGAUGAUCCUGAUAAGGGGAGCAAUGAUGGCGGGAUGCACAGCGAUAAUCCGAAUAAUAGGAAUAAUUCAUUCGAUAGCACUUACCGAGCCCUCACUAGGUGCAGAGCACUGGGCCGAGCGCUUGGAAUGGACGAUUCGGCAACGGGUAGAGACCGUCCCUGCCCGACGACGGGCUCACGGUCUAAAAAUAGGAGUAAGAUGAGGGGAUUCACGGUAUUAUAAGGCUACUAAUGAUAUUUAUUAAGCGCUUAUCAUAAUAAUGUAUGUCCCCGAUUAGAC